AUGCGGGCCUCCCUCAACAUUGCCCACCGCGGCUUCCUCUGCCUCACCGCCUUCCUCGCGUCCUCCAGCGUCGUGGGCAAUGCUGCCGUCCAGGGUGUCGCGGCGGAAUAUCUCCUCGGUCUCGGCAUCGGAGAUAUCACUGGCCCGGUGGUUGAGACGAACAUGAUGGGUUAUGCCAGUCUGGCCCAGACGGACACCGGCCUCCACCUUCGGCAACGCAGCCGCGCGUGGAUUGUCGCCGACUCUGCGAAUCCAUCGAAUCGCGUUGUGUUCAUCAACGCGGACAUCGCCAUGGGCGACACUGGCAUCCGGCGCUCUAUCGUCAACGCUCUUUCGACCAAAUACCCGGACUUGUACAACAACGACAACAUCGCCCUCGUGUCUACCCACCAGCACUCCGGGGUUGGGGGCUACCUCGAGAACCUCCUCCCGCAGCUCACGGCGCUCGGAUACGUCAAGGAGACGGCUGCUGCGAUCGUCCAAGGAACGGUGCUCGCUGUCCAGCGCGCGCACGACAGCCUCGCGCCUGGGUCGCUGAGCCUCGGCAACACGACCAUCGUCGACGGCAACAUCAACCGCUCACCGAGCGCGUACCUCGCCAACCCUGCUGAGGAGCGCGCGAAGUACCAGUACGACCAGGACAAGGAGCUCUCGUUGCUCCGUUUUGAUGACGUCAGCGGUAACGCACGCGGAUUCUUGAGCUUCUUCGCCGUCCAUGGUACCAGUCUGUACGAGAACAAUACAUUGGUCAGCAGUGACAACAAGGGCAUGGCUGCCUAUCUCUACGAAGCCAUGGUCGAACCCAACGCCAUGCCCGGGAACAACACGUUCGUUGCCGGUUUCACGCAAUCCAACGUCGGCGACACUAGUCCCAACACUCUCGGCGCCUUUUGUGAAAGCCCCGGCGAAGAGUGGGAUGGCCAGCCUUGCGAAUUCGAUCACUCUACUUGCGGUAACAAGACCGAGGACUGUCACGGUCGCGGCCCUGGCUUCACGAUCUCGGAUUUCGAGUCGAACAGGAUUAUCGGGCAGCGCCAGGCGAACGGCGCCAAGACCCUCAUGGGCAUGGCGCUUCCUCAGGUCACCGGCGCAAUCAACUACGUGCAUGCCUACAUGAACAUGUCGUUCCGCGAGUUCACGCUUGCCAACGGCUCGACUGCGAUGACCUGCCCUCCGGCAAUGGGCUACUCUUUCGCCGGCGGAACUACCGAUGGCCCGGGAGCUUUCGACUUCAUCCAGGGUGACAACACAUCGACCCCUCAGAACCCCUUCUGGGAGAUUGUGAAGGGUGCGGUGACGCCAAACCCACCUCAGGUGCAGAUUGACUGCCAGGCUCCGAAGCCGAUCCUUCUCGACACGGGAUACGCUACCUUCCCGUACUCGUGGUCGCCCAACACUGUCGAUAUUCAAAUGCUCCGUGUCGGCAAUUUGGUCAUGCUCAUCAUGCCUGGAGAGCUGACCACCAUGGCCGGCCGUCGUAUGAGGGAUGCUAUUCGCACAAAGCUCAUCUCUGAGGGCGUCAUUGGUGAAGAUGCGUACGUCGUCAUCGCGGGCCCCGCGAACACCUACGCGCACUACGUCGCCACGCGGGAGGAGUAUGCCGUUCAGCGGUACGAAGGCGCGUCCACUAUCUUCGGGCAAUACACCCUUGAGUCGUACAUGGACAAGUAUGGAAGUCUCGUCGGGUACCUCGCGGACGGCAACACUUCGCAACCCGCCUCGGAUCCCGCGUCGCCUGAUCUCAGUGGCAGCGCCAUCUCCCUGCGCACUGGUGUUGUCUUCGACGGUGCGGGUAUUGGUCACAACUUUGGCGAUGUCUCGACCGACGUCGCCUCAACGCCAUACUCUGCCGGCCAGUCCGUCUCGGCGGUCUUUGUUGGCGCGAACCCGCGAAACAACCUCCGCCUUGAGGGCACCUUCCUCACCGUCGACCGACUUGUCAACGGCGCCUGGACUGCCGUCCGCUCCGACUCCCAUCCGUCGACGACCUACCAGUGGCUGCGAACGAGCACCAUCCUUGGUACGAGCACCGCCAACCUCACCUGGACGAUCGAAUCUGGUACCCCUGCGGGCACGUACCGCUUCACUUACUUUGGCGACUCCAAGUCGCUCGGGGGUACCAUCACGCCCUUCGUCGGGCACUCGGGCAACUUCACCGUCGCGUGA